AUGUCCACAUACCCUUGGGCCGCCCCACCGUUGAGGGUGGUAAGGACGGAGGAGGCACCAGGCCUGUUUCGGGCAGAAAAAGGCUACAGGGGACUGAGGAAUCAAGGAGCCACAUGUUAUCUGAAUGCAGUGCUGCAAACGCUCUUCAUGACAAAGGAUUUCAGAAAAGUCAUCAUGGACUUAAAUAAAGUAAGAAAGAAGAAAAAGAAAAGUCUUUCUUUUGAACUUCAAAAGUUAUUCGAAGAUUUAGAGUCCAAUACUAAAAGUGCCACUACACAUGGAGUCACAAAUGCUCUAGAAAUUGGAAAUGUUUGUGAGCAGCAGGAUGCAGCAGAAUAUUAUCAGAAGAUUCUGAGUAUGAUUGAACCUAAAGCAGCCAAGAUAUUCCAGGGACAGAAGAAACACUCAACCUCCUGUAAACAUGGGAACCAUGAUCCCAUUGAGGAAUUCAUUUCAUUUUUUUCUUUGGCCAUUGCUAUGGACUCUGAUCAACAUAAAGUUAACGUAGUAAAGAGUUUUGAUGCACAGUUUGAAGUAAUGCUCAUGGAUGGAGAGGAUCAGCUGUUCUGUGAAACCUGCAAAACAAUGAUGGACAUGGAAAUGAGUUGCACCAUUUCUGAACUGCCAGACAUCCUGACUCUACAUUUGCAGAGGUUUUACUUGGAUUACUGCUACAUGACUUACAUGAAGAAUAACUGUCCUGUUGAAAUUCCUCUUCAGUUAAAAGUGCAGUCAAUCACACUGGUUCCCUCAGUGGUGGACACUACUAUGCAGAUAUCAAGUCAUUUGAUGACCAACAGUGGCUACAGGGGACUGAGGAAUCAAGGAGCCACAUGUUAUCUGAAUGCAGUGCUGCAAACGCUCUUCAUGACAAAGGAUUUCAGAAAAGUCAUCAUGGAGUGA